CUCUCUCUUUAUAUCUCUCUCACCUCCCUCACCCUCGCUCUCUCUCGGACUCAGAUUAUCUCCAUCCUCCUGCCGCUGAGAUGUCGACUCCAGACGCAGCAGGUACUCCAGGAGCUCCCGGGGAGGGCGAGGGGGGCCCCGCGGCUUCGGCCCCGAACCUGACGAGCAACAGACGACUGCAGCAGACGCAGGCGCAGGUGGACGAGGUGGUGGACAUCAUGCGUGUGAACGUGGACAAAGUCCUGGAGAGAGACCAGAAGCUGUCGGAGCUGGACGACCGGGCCGACGCCCUGCAGGCUGGAGCCUCGCAGUUCGAGAGCAGCGCUGCCAAACUCAAGAACAAGUACUGGUGGAAAAACUGCAAGAUGAUGAUCAUCAUGGCUGUAAUAGGUAUUAUAUGUGUCGGAGUCAUCUUCUUGUAUUUCUUCUACUGAGCUGCUCUUCAGGGACGGACACACAAGUCACAGGACGAGUCUGCGCCGACACCACCGAGCCAAAUCCAGCCUUUUCCUCAGCGCUCCUCCUGCUCUUCAUCCUCCUCUUCCUCACCGAUGCCUUCCCCAGAAAUCCU